GCCUGCUCGCUUCGAGGUAUGGGGCAGCGCCUCCGGCCCGUCAGCACCACCUGAGGAUCCCGGAAGUCGCCCCCGCCAUGGAAGACGACCAGGAGCUGGAGAGGAAAGCAAUAGAAGAACUCCUUAAAGAGGCAAAACGUGGGAAAACAAGAGCAGAGACAAUGGGACCUAUGGGCUGGAUGAAGUGUCCUCUUGUUGGUACAAAUAAAAGAUUUCUAAUUAACACAAUUAAGAACACGCUGCCCUCCCAGAAAGAGCAAGACCACGAACAAAAAGAGGAUAGUGAGGAACCUGCGAAAAGCCAGGACCAGAAGGAGGAAAGCCGGCAGAAGCACAGAACCCACCCAUACAAGCACAGGGUCCACGCUCGGGGCCCUGCCCGUCAUUCUCCGCCGGGGAAGCGGCGCAGCCCGGAGAAGUCCCAGAAGCGAUCCAGCAAGCGGUGAGGCAGGGACGCAGGGUGAGCGCGACCGUCCCAGCACCCGGGCCUGGGCUGGUGCAGAGACGGGGCUGAGGACGGGCCCGCGCUGGCAGCGCAAACACCCAAGAGGGAUUUUCCAGCAGGGCCGCUGUCGUGACAGCGGAAGAUCACCUGAGGCUCCGAGGAAAGAGUUCAAAGGGAACGCUCUGAAGACGCCUUGGCAAGUUUAAGCUGCUUCAGCGGUGUAGUAUACAUACGUAUUGAUUUUAUUCUGUCUUGUUUGGAAGUUGGUUUCAAAAUAAAUCUUAAAAGUUUUCAGAGAUUAUUAAAACUAGUUCCACUUAUUUUUUGGUGUGCUGCCCUCGUGAUCCUUUCUCAAAAUUUCUCAAAAAAUUAAACACUUGUAAAUCCUAUACUUUACUUUUUUGGGUGACAAAUUUAAGUUUUAGAAAUCUGGCCAGUAACCGUAUUUAUGAAAAGGGCUAGAAAUUGACCACGAAACUCUGAUAGCACCGCACCUGUGGUCCUUUAAGUAAACAAUGUAGGAAGAUCUCCAAAUCCUCUUGAAUUCAUGCUCCCUGUCAAUAACCAGAGGUUCAAAAACUGUCUCUGUGGUUUCCGUGUGCACUCUCAAACUCAUUCCUGAGACAGAGCAGUUUUUCUACAUUUAAUUUUGGGGGGGAAUGUGUACGUUUUAAGUGGUGCUUUUAAAAGAACCUUCAAAAGUUAAAGUGAACAUGAUUUUCGUGCUACGUCUUAUUUAGCUAAAGACGUACGAUGCCACUCUCAGUAUAGUUGUUUCAGAAAUCUGAAUUUUCAAUAAAAGUGUGUUUACCAUG